AGAAGCGAUCGCGAGAAAAAAAAAAAUGCAACCUCCCAAAAUAAAGAGCAAAGAUUGCAUUAGGAGCGAACAGCGCUGCAGAAAUAGAUGGCAGCUUCGUGUCAGUGAGUUUGCGUCCCCUUCCUGAUCCACGAGCUGGAGUGACUAGAGCUGGAAGGGAAUUGUGACUCCCGUGAAGUCCCCUCUUCCUGGCAGUCAUCUGCAUUGUACACUCUGGAUGCCUCUCCAUCCACCCCACUCAUUCGCUCCUCUCGCACCUCGCUCCCUCUCUCCUGCAUUGAUUUUUUUUUUUUUUUCGUUUUUAGUUGACUAAAACAAAACAAAACAAAAGGGCCACUGGAUGUCUGCCUUCUUGGGGGGUGAGCCAGACAGACUGACAGACAAACAGACCCCACUGUGCUCGGGGGAGGGCUUGUCCUCCCGCUUUGCCCGGCCGCAGCAGCAUGGACGUGUUGGCUAGUUAUAGUAUAUUCCAGGAGCUACAACUUGUCCACGACACCGGCUACUUCUCAGCUUUGCCGUCCCUGGAGGAGACCUGGCAGCAGACAUGCCUUGAAUUGGAACGCUACCUACAGACAGAGCCCAGGCGGAUCUCGGAGACCUUUGGUGAGGACUUGGACUGUUUCCUCCACGCCUCUCCUCCCCCGUGCAUUGAGGAAAGCUUCCGGCGCUUAGACCCCCUGCUGCUCCCAGUGGAAGCCACCAUCUGCGAGAAGAGCUCCGCAGUGGACAUUUUGCUCUCUCGGGACAAGUUGCUCUCUGAGACCUGCCUCAGCCUCCAGCCAACCAGCUCUUCUCUGGACAGCUACACAGCCGUCAACCAGGCCCAGCUCAACGCAGUGACCUCAUUAACCCCCCCAUCGUCUCCUGAGCUCAGCCGCCAUCUAGUCAAAACCUCACAGACUCUCUCAGCCGUGGAUGGCACGGUGACGUUGAAACUGGUGGCCAAGAAGGCUGCGCUCAGCUCAGUAAAGGUGGGAGGGGUGGCAGCAGCGGCGGCAGCCGUGGCACCAGCUGGGGCAGUUAAGAGUGGACAGAGCGACAGCGAACAAGGAGGGCUAGGGGCUGAAGCAUGCCCCGAAAACAAGAAGAGGGUGCACCGCUGUCAGUUUAACGGGUGCCGGAAAGUUUAUACAAAAAGCUCCCACUUAAAGGCCCACCAGAGGACUCACACAGGUAGUGAGAAGCCUUACAAGUGCUCAUGGGAAGGAUGUGAGUGGCGUUUUGCACGGAGCGAUGAGCUCACGAGGCACUACAGGAAACACACAGGUGCAAAGCCCUUUAAAUGCAACCACUGCGACAGGUGUUUUUCCAGGUCUGACCAUCUCGCUCUCCAUAUGAAGAGACAUAUCUAAACACCCUGAAGGCCAGAGUUGCAAUGGCGUUGGCUGAUGUCCGAAGAAGAUGCCGGGUAUCAGGGGGCUGGACUUCCAGCGGGGACCCACUGCCUCGAAGAAGAAAGUUCUCACUUAGAAACCUCUGUGUACACACACACCCACACACACCCUCUCACACACAGACCCACACACACCCACACUGUCAUGCACUCAACUAUAUUUAAGAUAUAUACGUCUAUUCCUUAUGCCUUGCUCUAGCCAGAUGGUAGAAGACAAAGAAGGAGGAAACCAGGUGGACUCAGCAAGGCAGACUGGCUGCUUACUUCAGCGCUAUUGAAAUUACUUCCCGCUGUUGCCAAGGGAAAUCAAAGCAAAUGGAUUCGACGUCUCUGCCGGCGGAUGGCAGUACGAGGGGCUUAUUUAACUUGCUUCUCCAUGCAACUUGAUAGGAGAAUCCAGCAUCUUAAAGUUGCUUAUGUGUAGCACUAAUGUUUCUUUUUAAAUAGUUGGGGGAAAAUGACCUAGAAAACCAAAUUGCAGUUUGGUAGCCAAAAUUAACUCUUGGUUUAUUUGUCCUUUGUAUGUGAAAAGUCCUACUAUUCCGUGCGUCAGACUUCCUCACAGAACUGUUGAUUGGUUUUGGUUCUUCUUAGUACCAUUGAGAUCUUUCGAGUCAAUACCAACGGCCUUAGCGGCGGCAGACGCUGAAAUAACACGUUGUUGUUACACCUAUCUGGCCUGCAUCUCUCUAGACUUCACUCUCCAGGGAGGAGUUUUCUUUACUUACUUUUUGACUCUUGCACACCAUAUGCACUAGGGAUUCCGGAAACUUCUAGCAUGACUGCAAAGUGGCCAAGAGAAUAAAGUCCUUGAUGAUAUAUCACAGUAUAUCCCUUGAGCCUCAGAUUAUUGCCAGUGCUAGAUUUUUUCUUUUUAAUCUCUCUGUUUUUUGCUAAGGAAAACUUGAAAAGCUUAUUUGGAAGCUUAAAUGUUUUAUCUUUUCUCCAUGGACCUAACCUCUCCAGGACACUGUCGCCACCUGGAUGUCCAGCUCUCAAAGCAGCCAAUCAGAUCGGACAUCACAGUUCUCUCUCAUCUUCCUUGAGGCAUGAUGACCUCAGCCCGUAGUGCUCAGCCACUGUGCUGUGUGUCACUGCUACCCUAUAACCAGUUACAGCCUAGAUGUCACUAGUCUCAAAGGGCAGCUGCGUACUUAAUCUAACUCUGGGUCAUGACUUGACAAAAAGCCAAAAAUAUCACUCUGUUCAGGAGUGGAGAAAACUGAGGAUGCCUCCCAAGUCUAGUGGCUUCACAAAACAUCAUCCUGUCUUUCUCUCUCCUACCCACUGCGCUCACAUUCCCCGACUGAUUACAGUACACAAUGCAGAAUGCCAUGGUGGGAAUGAAGGGUUGGCCUUUAAGGAAAGGUGGGAUGGUUUCUUUUGUGAUGCUGCUAGGUUUCUUUCUUUCUUUUGGGGGGUAAGGGAGAGAUAGGCCCACCAUGACUUGUUGCCUACAGCACCCAGAAUCAACAGAGGCCCCACAUUCACUCUGCAAGCUGACUCCAAGAGGGUUUGCAGUCCUCACUCGCAUCCCCACCACACACACACAUCUGACAUUCCUCUCUAUCUACCCACACUCUUAGCUAGCUGGCACCGGCCUCAACUCCAAAGACUGCCUUUAGGACCAUCCAAUGGCCUAUGCAAGCAAGCGGGGUGGUUAUUAGGACAGAUUGUAUAUUUUGUAUAUUCUGGGACCAUCCCUUCAAGACACGUCUCAAAAACAAACAUGGCAUUUGGUCCGCACAUGGUUGCUGCUCCUUCAUACCAGCUGGCUCCCCUCCCGUCCUUCUCUGAGUCUUUGACUCCUUGACUGUUAAAAUGUCACCCAUACAUACUUGGGAUGCAAAACUGAAGUCUUUCAAAGGAAAUAAUAUAAGAAACAUAAACACAUAUAUGACAGCAGCCUUCGAGAUCCUUGGCAUUGUGGGUUUUCAGCUUUCUGCAACCUUUGUUUUCACUGAAAUGUUGAAACUACUUGUCUGAGGGUAAAGGAACCUCCUUGCCACAAAUGCGAUAGUUGCCAAUUGGACGCUUGGGGCGUUUCUAGGUCUGGCCCUUAGAAUUUUCUUUCUCUUUUUCCUUUUUAAAAAAAUUUAGACCAAAAAACAAAAACAAAAAGAAAAAUUUUAAAAAAGCAACAAAAAAAGAAACAACACCCUAAGCAUUCACACACUGCGCACACACAUACACAAAAUCUGUCCAUUUGCCGGAGGCAAUUAUAUAUAUGUUAGUUAGAGGGUAUUAAAAAAAAAUCAGUUUUAUUCCAAAGAUUUAAAACUAGACAUGACUUAGAAACAAUUUCUGGAGCACUGCUUGCUGACAAUCUCAUAGUUCUCUACUGCAUUUAAGUGUGUUUAAUGGCCAGUCCAUCAGGGCGUAGCAUGGGAUUAUAUUUGAAUGUGUGGUGCAUCCUUUUUGGAUGAAGGAUGUGUGAGGGACCUUGAACCUCAACUGUAUUAAACUGUAGCACCUCCAGUCAGUGCACUAGAUGAAACUUUAGACACCCACGUUUUGUUGGUUUGUUUCUUUUCCUUUCCGUCGCAGAGCUCCAGCGUACAUGCACGCACACGCCAGUGGUGGCCUUUAGCCAUGGCUGCCAUGAUUUAUAAAUGUUCUCUCCCAAGCUGGAACUGCAUUUCCCUCUCAAAAUGCUGUUAUUAAGGGUUUAUAAUACUUAAUUUAAUAUUUGAACUGACCAAUGCAAGGCUCUAUGAAAAAGAAAGUUGUUUUUUUUUAAAGAAUGCAAAAGAGUAAUCAUUGCUGUUUGUUCCCUGUCCUCAUCUGUGGUCUCCUUAGAAUGUGGCAGAACAUAGGCCCUUGGCCCUUUGGUCCUCCUUGGUGUCUGAAAUGUUCAGUAACUUCUCUCCCUUUUGUAUCAGUGAGGUCCUUUGUAAUCUGCCCCUGACCUUUGCAGAGCAGGGUGCCUGAACCUUGAUGAUGGUGCUUGCUUGCUUGCUUCAGUCGUUUGUUGACUGUGAGAAUUGGCCUGAGAAUUCAGUGGGUGCUAAGUGGCUUUGAAACUGUUCUCUAGCCUAGAUUGACACCUGUGAAUAAUAACCAGUCCAGACCGUGGUGGGGGUGAGGGUGGCCCUGAUCAUUUUGGAAAUGGAGUUUUGAUAAAUUGUUCGUCAACUCUGAUGUGCACAGGUUUUCCAAGAAAUAACCUGAGUGCACUUGGCUCGGAGAGGACUGGUUAUUUUAAGCAGUGCUUGAGGGGACGUUUGAAACACUGGAAACCCCUUUCUCAUUUAAACUGUUACCUCCUGACAUUCCAGGGCAUCCCAGGUUUGAAGGAAAAAGCUGGCAUGGUGUUUCUUGCAGUUGUCCUCUCAAGCACACUCUAUCCAGGGUUCAGAGUUGGAUGGGCAGAAAAAGUGUUUCUAAGCCACUGACGCUUUUCUUUAUUUCAAGUUAUGCUUCUCUCUCCUGCCACAUGGCUGCAAACCAGAGAUGUGGAAUCCUGAAUUACAAUGCUGCUCCUAGCUACUGGCCUCCUGCCCCACUGUUGGUUCACUGGCCCAGCUUAUGGCUGGUGGUGAUGAGUAUUUUAUGUCCAGAAGAAGAAAUGUUUGGAUUCCACGACAAAGCUGCAUUUUGUAAAAAUAUUGGAGACCCCCAAACGACCUUCAUGCUGACCAUUUCUUUCUCCUCUCUCUGUGUUUUCCCUGCAAAGCCCUUGAAAUACCCCUUCUCUUGAUGCCAUGUCCUCCCACCCACACCUCCUGUGCCCUUUGCAUCUUCGAUUGCCUGAUUAUAACAGGGUAAAAAGACAGCCAACCUCAUGCGUGAUGAGCAGAACGGAUUCCUAGUUUUAAGAAAUCUUCUUUGAAGCCAGAGAAGAUUUUUAACGGACUGUAGUUUGGGAUAAGUUUCCAGAUUAUCCGUGUCUAGCUGCAUCAAAGGGGAAAUAAACGGGGUCUUUUGGGUGGCUCAUCCAGCACUUUCAGAACAUUCUACCCACAGCCUUCACUCCUGCGUUCUAUGGGAAAGCCAAAAGAAGGAAACUCAGAUUGCAAGAACAACAAAACCCAGUGAUUAUGGUUCAAAAUGAUUUCCUCUUCGGGAAUCACUUUAUAAAAUGUAAAACACUGUAUAGUGGGAAGAUGCUUUUGUCUUUUGCCCGAGUUUCUUUGGAGAAGGAAGAAAGCAGGGAAAUUCAGAAAGAAGCAAACCAUUGGAUUAUAGGAAUCAGGCUUCCUGUUUCUUUCUUUAAAAAAAAUUCGUAGGAGGGCCAGCAUUUCUGGCCUCAAGUUUGCACCCUGACCAUUGUUAAAGUGGAAAUUCAGUAAGUAGGACCUGGUUGAAGUUGAUUUGUGGGUGCUUUCCCACCCAUUUUCUGGAACUGGCAGGAGACAGGGCUCGGAGGGGAGGAUUGGAUUCUGGGUGUCUGGAUUAAAUUUCGGUAAACAUGGUGAUUUCUCAGCUUGGAAACCAGAGGGCCUGGCCUGAGGAUACAUCAAUGCCUUUCUGAGGGCCUAUUUUCCUUGUGGAGGGUCUUUGGAAAUACUUGAGAUGGGACAACAGAAAUGUGUCAAAGGAAGCAAAAACCAUUUGUAAAUAAUGUGAUAUCUCAUGACUAACUGCCUGAGGCUCCAGGGUUUUCUCUUGCUUUUAACACUCUCUUAAGUCUCCUCUCUCAGUUCCUAUAAUAGAUCCCAGAAAUGGGACAAAGCUGCAAUUAACUUUCUUACAUGCAUUGCAUCCUUAAAAUAUACUACUGUAUUCUUCAGGUGUCCUGCAUUUACAUCUUAAGCCCUCCAGGAAACAGCUAUCAAAAAUGAGAGAGAAAUCUUAGGCCAUCACUUCACCAAUUUCCCAAACAAGAUACUCUUUUCAAACAGGGCUUCCUCUCAGUGGUCAUGAGGGAAGGUUGAUGCGGUCUUGGUUUGGGGACUGUUUAUACUAUUUUUUUUCAACUGUGAGCUUUGGAAUCAUAAAUUGCUUUGACUCCAGCUUCUGUCUACUGCCAUAAAAAGGACCCCACGUCAGAAUAAUAAGGGUGGUGUGUACACACACACCUAGACAUGUGUGCGUAUGUACCUAUUGUACCUUCGCAGAAGGAAAACAGGCUACUGACAUUUCGGAGGAGUAGCCACCAGUGCCUAAUAUCUUUUGGGGGGGAUGGAUGCUUAUAAUUGCCAGUAUAUCAAAACCACACUGGGAGUUAGUUCCACAUAGAGGGGAGGGGCAGUGGGUGGGGAGAGGGGACAUUUUAAUCCUAGGUCUUCAGACUGGAGGCAGAGGAUUUCUGCACAUCUAGAUCCUGAAGGCUUGGGGGCUCAUUGGCUGGUUCUCAACCAUUUAUGUUUUAUCUUCCCAGCAUGCAUUGCCUAUCAGAACCCAGACUUAGUUUAAUUUUCUUAUUUUUUCACUUCUGUUUCAUUCCAGGGAGGAAAAAAUACACCUGUUAGAGCCAAGAUCUCCUUGCUAACACAGAGGCAAAAAUAAAUGUUUGAAGUUUUCGAAGCCUCCCCUUCCAUUCCACAACCCACCCCCGACUCCCUCUUCCCCUUCCCUGCCACACAACUUCCCAGCCAUGACUUUUCUUUCCAAUCUCUAGUCUUAACCAUUGCUCGAAGACCUUUUUUAUUUUUGCACUAUACAUUUUCCUUUUGCCAGACGUGUCUAACAAGUGUGUUUGGAAAGACCUACUCCCAGCCCUCUCCUCACCUCACUCCCCCGCCACAUUCGCUCAGGCCUUCUCUGGUAUUUAUAAUAUAUCACAGAAGUACCCAGUCGUAUAGCCCUCGGUUAUGCCUUUUUUUGACAUUUUAUUUUUUUUAAGCUUUUUAUAUAUAUAUAUAAAUAUAUUACUUUGUCAAGUUUUUUUGCUGUACAAAAGUCUUAAGAUUUAAAACUAUUAUUUGUAUUAUAUGAUGGUGGUAUGUUAAUGUUACAAAAUUAUUAAUGAAGAAAAAUUUAUUUUUGUUACUGGUCUGUUUCAUAAUUCUUUUUUAAAUUGGUAUAUUGUAAGAUAUCUAUGCAAAAAAUGUUAUGUGACGCAUUUUUAUUUAAGAAUGUAAUAUGUGUAAUAAACAGUAGAAUGUG